AUGCUAAUCAAGGCCUUUGCCCUACUGGCAUGUGCCAGCUGCACGCUCGCCCAUGGCGACCACGACCACGAUCAAGCUCCCAUUGAAGGACCGCACAAGUCGCUUUGGUACAACACCCUGCCAGGUGACGGUGGCACACAGGCCGACUCUGUCUUCUCUGGCAUCUCGACCUUCGGCCGCCUCCCCUAUUUCCCCUGCUUGACCAGCGACGAGGAGAAAUAUGACAUUGCAUUUCUUGGCGCACCAUUCGACACGGGUACAUCGUACCGACCGGGAGCGCGGUUUGGACCCAGCGGGAUCAGGCAAGGUUCUCGACGCCUCAAUCUCUACGGCGGGUAUAAUGUACCCAUGAAAUCCAACCCCUUCAACUUCUGGGGCAAAGUCAUUGAUUGCGGCGACAUCCCAGUCACUUCGUACGACAACCACUACGCGCUCCAGCAGAUCGAGGACGGACACAACACGCUGCUCAUGCGCACGCCGUACACGGCGGCGCAGGAACCGGGCAUCUCCAAGGCGGGCAAGACGCUGCCGCGGAUCAUCACGCUCGGGGGCGACCACACGAUCACGCUGCCGCUGCUGCGGUCGAUCAACAAGGCGUACGGCCCGAUCAGCGUGAUCCACUUCGACUCGCACCUCGACACGUGGAAGCCCAAGGUGUUUGGCGGGGCGCCGUCCAAGCAGGCGGCCAUCAACCACGGGACGUACUUUUACUGGGCGUCCGAGGAAGGCCUGCUGGCCAACGACAGCUCGAUCCACGCGGGGAUCCGCACGACGCUGUCGGGCCCCUCGGACUACGAGAACGACGGGUACUGCGGGUUCACGCGGGUCGAGGCGCGCGAGAUCGACACCAUCGGCGUCGAGGGCAUCGUGCGCCGCAUCCGCGACCGCGUCGGCACCGUCGACCCCGUCUACCUCUCCAUCGACAUCGACACGCUCGACCCGGCCUUCGCCCCCGCCACCGGCACCCCCGAGACCGGCGGCUGGAGCACCCGCGAGCUGCGCACCAUCCUGCGCGGCCUCGAGGGCCUCAACUUCGUCGCCGCCGACAUCGUCGAGGUCGCCCCGGCCUACGACACCAACGCUGAGCUGACCACCAUGGCCGCCGCGGACGUCCUCUACGAGGUCAUGACCAUCAUGGUCAAGAACGGGCCCUUGACCAAGAAGGCCGCCCAGGGCGACGGCAAGUCCGACGAGUUCGCCCUGCCCGAGCACGCCGAGGAAUUGAAAUAA